AUGGCCGACCAAGAGGGAACGCCCAACGUCGCAUUCCAGAACGAGGCCAAGUACCCGGGCCAGACGACCGAGUUCCGCGGACCGGGCGUGUCCGCAGAGAACCCGGCCGGCGCCUUUCCCAGGGACACGCGACAGCCCGACCCGGAGCCCCGCGAGGUGCACCAACCGGCCUCGACCAUCUUCCACGCCAUCGAGAACCCCUACGCGCUCCGAGAGGCCCUCACCCGCCUCGAAACCAGCCUCGACGAAAUCAUCGGCCUCUUCCAGGCAGAGAAAAACACUCUCGGAAAGGAGGGCGACUUUGCAAAGGGAAAACAGGGCAUUGAGCUGUUCGAGUCCUGGAAGCAGCAGCUCGAAGACAUCAAGGCCGGAAAGCGAUGA